GUAGACAAAAAUCGUGUUCAAAUCAUCAUAAUAAACGUGGCUGCUAACCCAAAUUCAAUGGACAUUGGACAAUAUCUUCCUCAAACGGCCUAAAAAUCAUCAAGAAAUUACAUGCAAUAACAUCAAAGGACCCCCAUAUUGAAUUUAUUAGAAAAAUGAUGUUUUCUUUCAUUUUCUAGAAGACACACUAUAACCUUGUUUAGAGAGAUCGAGAAAGAAGAAAGGGAAGAGAGGAAAAAUGGCGAUAGGAGUAAAGGCAUUGGGUUUCUCCUUUGUGGCACACUUCCUGGGCAUCGCUGGUGCGGUUAUGGUGCUUGUUUGGUCUAUAGGCUUCAGGGGUGGUUUAGCAUGGGAAGCUUCAAAUAAAAAUCUCAUCUUUAAUAUUCAUCCAGUUCUCAUGCUUAUAGGGCUGAUUAUCAUUGGAGGUCAAGCCAUUAUGAGUUACAAGUCCCUCCCAUUAAAUAAGCCCGAGAAGAAACUAAUCCAUUUAAUUUUGCAUGCUAUUGCUCUCAUACUUGGGAUUAUUGGCAUAUACACGGCAUUCAAAUAUCACAAUGAAAGCAAUAUUGCCAAUUUAUAUAGUUUACACUCCUGGCUUGGACUUGGUGUUAUUAUUCUCUAUGGCAUUCAGUGGAUUUAUGGUUUCGUGGUGUUCUUCUACCCCGGAGGUACAGAAACAAUCAGAAGUGAGUCACUUCCAUGGCACGUACUAUUGGGCAUUUUCGUGUAUAUUUUAGCUGUUGGCACCGCUACACUCGGAUACCUUGAAAAGCUAACAUUUCUUGAGAAUUCGGGCCUUGCAAAAUAUGGCCCAGAGGCCUUCCUUGUGAACUUCACAGCCAUUGUUACAAUAUUAUAUGGGACAUUUGUUAUCCUCACAAUUCUUUCUCAGGGCCCUCCAGAAGAUGAUUAUAGUUACUCAGCUAUAUAAUGCCAUCUCUUGCCAUCUGCAGUAGCUUUUCCUGCCGGGAUUUCUGUUUUCUUUGUUUAUUCUAUGUGGGUUGGUUUUAGGAAAUUCAUCUUGUCUAUUGUGGACAUGAUUUAGAAAUGCUAUGUUAAUUUUGCAUGUAGGCUAAAGGAGUGUUAGCUUGUGUAUCUUUGCAUAUAUAUAGGGUAAUAAUUGGAAAAAGCAAUUUUUCUAAUUAUACUUUUUUGUAUAUAUAAAAGAUAAGUAGAAUUAAAGAAUGUCAAUACAACAACCUGUGUUAUUCCAAAAUUAAAGAAUGUAAG